UUCUCAAGAAUUGUACAUUAAGAUAAAUGACAAGCCUGAAAAACCUAUUGAGCAAUCAGUUCAGAAAAAUAUUCCACCAUUGCCAGAUGUGCCAUCGACAAGAAUAGAUAUAAGUAAGUUUUGUAAAAUGAUUAAAAAAUUUAUAUUGAAAAACACUUAAAAAAAUAUUUUGUAACAAUUUGAUUUUUCUAUUAAAAUAUAAUUGUUCUCGCCUCUCCGAUCGCCUGUUGUGUCUGAUGGAGGUUUUGAGAUGUAGAAGAUCUCGUGAGGUAGAUCCAAUUGAAAGGGCUUAUUGUGCGCGAAAGUUCUGUGUGAACGUGCGAGCGAGCGUGCUCCGAAAAGACAAGCGGGAAAUGAGACGGCCGACGGACAAACGCACCCGCGAGUAUGGCCCGCAGUGGCGGAGCUCGACCUUGAUUCGGCCCCGUGCGUCAGUAGGUUGACCGCCAAUGCUGAUAAUAGAUGUUGAGGCAGGAGUCCCGCCCAGUUGCAGUCGCUGAACCAGUGACUCGGCGAUGAUCGACACCUCGGAACCCUGGUCGAUGAGGGCUCGAGUGGUGUGAAGAACGCUGAACUUGUCGGCAACGCGAAUGCGCGCCGUCGCGAGAAGCACCGCCGAUGUGGCUUUUGAAGUUCGGUUCGCAGAAAGUGAUAGUCUGGCGACUUCGAUGGACUCGCACACAUCGUGGAGCGUCGAGUGAUGACGUGCAUCGCACAUCGAGCACGUUUUCUUUGACGGGCAAUCACUCACUUUGUGCUUCCUGAGACAAUUGAAGCACAACUGAUGUCUCUCUACGUGCUGCCGUCGCUCCGAUGCCGUUUUCGCUUUGUACGCGUCACAGAACAUUAUGUAGUGUUCUUGGUGACACAAGGAGCAUCGGUCGCGAUUGCCUUCCGGUUUCCGCACAUCACUCGCGGCGAAUGUCCGGGAGUCGCAUCCGGUUUCGCGGCAUUUGCUUCUGGCUUGGACGGUUGUAAUGAUUCAACCGUGUGCAGCCGUCGGUCGAGAAACCGAAUCAACUCCGCGUACGACGGCGGAUCCGUCGUGUCACCUAUCGCAUUCUCCCAUUCUCGGCGGGAUCGGGUGUCCAUGAGAUCGACAACGAGAUGGACAAACAAGUCCUCGCCGCUCGUUAUCGGUCGACCGAUGCUUUCAAGGGAGCCGACGGUGCUCAAGACGCCGUGGUAAAGAGUGCGCAAAUCUGUGCUCGACUCACUUUUUACCCGUUGAAUCGCCAGGAACCUCGCGAUGUACGAUCGCACGAGUAGGCGCUUGUUCUCUUAGAAGUCCGUGAGAGCCUUCCAAGCGCGAUCAAAAUUCUCCCCUGUAGUGGGUAGACUGCGGAUGAGAAGUUCCGCUUCUCCCUUCAGGCACGCCUUGAGGUAGUGAAGUUUCUCGACAUUGGUAGCCGAGGCAUUCUUUCCAAUGAGGGAAUGAAAGAGAUCUCGGAAGGACGUCCAGUCCUCAUACAACUCGGAGAACUGAGGAAGUAUCCUCGGCAAGGUCGUUCGCGGCGGCUGUGAUGUUGGUGUGCCAGCAGCGGAAACCUCGGUUCUCUCUGUGGAUCUGAGACGCCGGAGCGCAUCCAGGAACAUGCCUUUCUGGGUGACAUACGCUUUCUCGGUUAGCGCUAGCAUGUCCUUCUCGAGCUUAUCGUGGUUGAACUCGAAUUUCGCCCAGUUGGCUUCCAGGGCUUGGAGUCGUGCCUCCACCAGCCCGACAAAAAUAUUGGCGGACCCCGACUUCCGCAAGUUCUCGUACGAGCGUGCAAUGCGCCCAUACAGCUCCAAUUGCGUUCGUACGGUUGAGUCCGUGUCUUUACUCAUCUUUGUCUUUUAUGAUGUGAUGAUCGAAGAAGCUCCGACGAAAAUCAUAGGCACUGCACUCACUGCACUCACUGCACCCACAGGCACCGGACAGCGAGAUCCGGCUGGAAGGACCAGCAAAUUUUCUCCUACAAAAAAUCGUCUGUGUUUUAUGAGACCUGUACCAAGAUUAGACACUGGUGGCAGAAUAAGAAAGAACAGCAUACAGGGAAGCGGUGCGAGUGCGAGUGAAUCCGAAGAUGAGCACGGCAAGAGAACAGUAUCCAUUGUGCCAAGUCGCAUAAGAAAUGAUUCUUGUUGUUCUGUACAAAGCAACAAGGAUAGUACUACUACUGACAAUCAAAAUAUCUCUCCAAGAAUUAAAGUGAUGCAGAAGAGACGCAUGCAGGUUUCAGAAUCGGCGAGAAGGCUAGCCGAAGCGAGAAGAGAAUUCUUACUAAAACACGAAAAUAAAACGCCUGAUAAAAGUCAGAUGAAAAUGUAUGAUUUUAUAUAUUAUAAUCCCAUAACAAAUCCUAUGAAGUCAAACAAAGAACAAAGAAUAAUUGCAGCACAACCAAUGGAAAUACCGGAAGAGGAAGAAGAGGAUGAUCCGCCGGCGAUGCCUGUACCACAAGUCAAGGUCGGUCCUGAUGGUCAAUUGAUAAUAGAUGAACAGAGUCUCGUGAUAGAACAGAAAGAUGCAAAAAGAGUUAGAGAAAUAAUGUCAAGUGAUAUUAUUAUUGAAGAAGGCAUUUGCAAUAAUGGUGGUUUCUAUAAGAAACAUAAGAGAAGAAAGGAGUGGCCAAGAUGGGAGACGCUUAAAUUUUACAGAGUCUUAAAUGUAGUUGGUACUGAUUUUCUAUUGAUGCAGACUCUAUUCCCAAAUAGGACUAGACAAGAAAUUAAACAAAAAUACAAGAAAGAAGAAAGAGUUAAUCGCCAAUUGAUUGAAAAAGCUCUGAAAUAUCAUCAAGAGUUUGAUACUGAAAUGUUAGAAGAGCAGUUAGCACUGUUACAAAAACUAGAAAAUAUCAAAGAAACACCUAAAAAGACAUCAGAGAAAAUGAAAAAUGAUCAAAAUAUAACUAGAGCGAUGAAAAGACGCAAGCAUCGAUUGGUGGCAAAAAGUAUCGGGGAGUGUGAACCACAAUUACCAAAGAGCACUGUUAAUAAUGAAGAAGCUGAAGACACAAUAUCAACAAGCGACGAGAUCGACAUUGAAAUAAAUAGCGAAGUGAGUGAUGCACAUCAACAAAUGAGGAAGGGAAGCAAAGCACGAAAGAGGCGAUUGGAUGAUAAAUCUGAUAAUUCUGAUGAUGACAGCCAUUUCAAUAGUGAUUCGGACAGUUCUCCAGAGAUUUAUCGAGUCCGACCGACUAGAUCUGGUAGACAGCCGAAGAAAAUGAAAAAGCUGCAAGCGCCCAACGUCAAUAAACUUAAUAUACCUAAUGUUAAUGCGAUAUCUGACGGUGGUAUCGAGAAUGAAUCGUCAGUAAUUGGUGACGAGAAUGUGAUAUCGUCACAUGUGGAAGUUACAGAAGUUAUAAAUACUUCAAUCAAGAACGACGAAAGCGUGGAAACAUCGUGUCCUGAAAAUAUUACGAAUGUAAUACCGAAUAUAAAUCAAAUGGAACCGGGAUCUUUGGUGAUUGUAUCGAAGGAGUCUGCAGAGGAACCUGGAAACACUAUUCUGCAAGUUUAUAUGGUUAGCUCGAACAUUGAUAAUAUUAACGCCGCUGAAUCUACGGCGGAUCAGCAGAAUCUAUCAGAUUCUGUAACGACUAAAUCGGAAAUUGAUGAAUUGACUGAACUUGACAAUGAUAAAAAAUCCGAAAAAUGAUCUUUGCAUUUGUACUUAGCUGUAUAAUUAAAUUUUAGAUAGCAUUAUAUAUCUUCGAUUUGUCGGCAUUGAGUAUUAAUUUAUAUAGACUGGAAGAGUAUAAAAAGACUGCAAAAGAUGUACAAGAGAAGAUUUCGAAUUUUGUUAUUUAUGCUGUAGUUUUUUUUUUUUUUAUAAGCGAAGAUUUCUUGUUAUGUUAUAUAUUAUGUAGAAUGUUUUCUAUCUGGGGAUAAAUUUAUUUCUUCCGACAAAUUGAAGACUGUUUAUUGUGAUAAGAAUUGCGCAAUAUACGGAUGCAUAUUCCUGUGUAAUAUUAAUUUUUUUUUUAUUAGAAAAAGUUUUAUUUUGUAUGUAUAAAAUUAUUCAAUAGUAGAGUAUAUUAUAUUAUCAGCAUUACGUGUGUAACACAAUAAUAGCAUGUCCGAGUUCUCUCAUAUAAUUCUCACUUGUAUCUCGUCUAUUUUCUGAAUCAACUGUAUGUAAAGUGACUUUAUUUAAUAUAGUUUUUCCACUACUUAUAUGUCACAUAAUUACAGUGGAUUAAGAAAAUCAAUGAGAAUAAGGACGAUACAUUUUUAUUUCGCAAAAUAUAUUAUAUCAUCAGAAUAAGAAUAUGGGCUAAAAGAAAACUUUGUAGUAAGGAUAAAAUUUGAUCUCGACGACUUCAUAAUAUAGGCAAUCUUAUAUAUAAAAUUCGUAAGUAUAUAUUUCCUUUUAUACUUAUAUAGGAUAUAUAUAGGAAAUUAUUGUAUACAUUUAUUGAACUAUAUUGAGAAAGAUAAAUUAUUGCUGCUAUUGUGAAUAAUCUCUUUCAGCCAACAUUUUGAGCAUCAAUUCUAAUAAAGCUCAAUGGUGUUUCCAUUAUACUGCCAUGACAAUGUUUAUAAUGUAAAGUUACAUUAUAUAAGUUAUAUAAUAUAAGGCUAUCAUAAUUGAUAGUCAUUUUAUAGGAAUAAAAUUGCUAUAGAGAAAAAUUGCAGCUAUCAGAAAUAAAAUAUUGAGCAAUUGAAA